AUGAUGAAUAAUGAUAUACAAUCAUCAUCAUCAUCAUCAUCACUACCACCAACAGUGAAACUAAAAAUCAUUAACCAACUAUAUAGAUCAAAAAAUACAAUAAUGGCAACAUCAUUAACAAAUUCUACAACAAGAAAAUCUAUUCUUAUUAUUAAAUCUCCGGAAAGUUCAAUAAGAAAAUCGACAUCACGAAAUGUUCAUUUUAUUCCAGACAUAAUUAUCAACGAUGAUGAUCAGAUUACAAUGCCCAUUCAAGAUUCAUUAACAAUACAAUCAACAAAAAAUCAAAUACGAAAAUUAUCAUCAUCCACAAUGACAAAAUCAAUGAGAAAAAUAAAAAUUAAUCAGCGAACAUAA